AUGUCAACAACAAAAUAAGAAGCAAUUACUACAUUCUAUUCACCUAAAUUUGAAUAAUAAUGUUAUCUUUGUCAACAUGGAUUACAUGGUACAGAACAAUAAGCUCAUUCUAGUGGAACCAUAGUAGGAGAUCCUGUAGGUAUUAAAUUCAUAAUUUAUUUAAAUGUAGUUGUUUAUUCAACUCCUGAUGUUAUUGUUUCUUAAACUGUAGGAUAACCAAUACCAGUAAAAAGAGGAAUCACUUAAAACAAUCAAAAAAAUAUUUAAAACACUACUUAAUAAAUUGGUAUUAUUCAACAAAAUUAAAUGCAAUAUAGUCCAGCACUCAUUUAAUCUUAACAAACUUAAUAAAAUCAACUUAAACCAAUUGAAUAUGAUACAACAAUUACAUAAUAAAUACCUAUAGAGUAAUAAAUAAUUCAUAAAGCGGGAAUUAAAAAUUCAGAAUAAUUUUCAACAUUUUAUUCUGCAAAAUAUGAAGAAUAAUGUUAUCUAUGUUAACAUGGAUUACAUGGUAAAGAAGUUGUCCCUACUACCACACAAAAUAAUUGUAAUUCUAAAUCUUAAUUUUCUUAGUUGUCUAUUAAUAACCAGAAGUAGUAUUGUCUUAAACUGUUGGUUAACCAUUAACUUCAAGAAAUACCACAACUGUUUAAAACUUUUCAUAAAUCAUCAAUACUCCUCCUAGAAAUGAUUUCCUAUAUUCUCAAUAGCUUUAAUAAUCACCAAUUUAGAAUAUUUAAUUAAAUGUACCAUAAAAUUAAUAAAUCAUUUCUACAUCCACUUAAUAAUUAUAAUAGUCUCCUGUAUAAAAUUUACAAUUAAAUGUUUAAUAACCUCAAAUAAUUCCUUAAGUAUCAUAAUAAAAUUAUGUUGUUUAAUAAAUACCAUAAGUUUAAAUUUAUUAGGACAUUAAAGGACCUUAAUAAAUUAUAUAAGAGACUGUUACAACUGUUCAAGAAUAAUAAUAAUUAAGUCCUUAAGAAUAAGUUGAAAAUUAUUGGAGAUAUAAAGUUUAUGAACUUUAAGAAAGAGUCUAUGAAUUAAUGAAUUAGAUUAGUCUUCAAAAAUAAGGAAAUCUAUAACAUCAAAGAACUGGGUCUUAAAUUAAGAAAAGCACAGAAGAUUCAUUCAAAGUAAAAAAUUCAAUAUUAAAUAUUAUAGGUUGAAUAAGCUAAAUAAGAAAUUUUGUAAUUAGAAAGUUAACUUAAAAUAAAAUAAAAAUCAAGUAUAGAUUUAAAAAAUAAACUUAAUGUAAUGAUCUAUAGAUAAGAUCCUACUGAUGAAGCCACUAAAUAUAAAGAAUAAGAACUUUAAUAAUUAAGAUAAAAAUAUAAUACUUUAAAUUUUAAACAUUAAAGUAAUAUAGAAGAUAUUGCAAUGACUUAAGCAAUUAUAGAGGCUGUAAAAAGUGGAAAGGGAUAUAAAUUAGUAUCUGUAAGGGAAUAAUAGUAAACAUCAUCAUCAUAUAAUUAAUCAUAUCAAGGACAAUAAUAAUAUAAUUAAGUAAAAUGA